AUGUGUGCGUUUGGUGGCCUAGAACCACCUCCCCAGGCCAGCCAAAGGCGACAGGAGAAUGAAGGAAUGAAUGAACGCACGGGGCAGCAGGCUGGUUAUGUGCUAUCUCUGGUGUGUCCAAACUCCUCCCAGGCGUGGUGCUCGAUCACAAAUGUGUCACAGCUACUGGCUUCAGAGCUCUCCGGGGACCCGAAUGCCAGCAUAACCAACCUGAGCAUUUCUGCAAACAUCGAAAACAAAUACAGCCUCUAUGUGGGCCUGAUACUGGCAGUAAGUUCCAGUAUUUUUAUUGGCUCCAGCUUCAUACUGAAAAAGAAGGGCCUCUUGCAGUUGGCCAACAAGGGUUUUACCCGAGCGGGACAAGGUGGACAUUCUUACCUCAAGGAAUGGCUGUGGUGGGCAGGGCUACUGUCAAUGGGAGCAGGAGAAGCUGUGAAUUUUGUUGCUUAUACUUUUGCACCAGCUACCUUGGUCACCCCACUGGGUGCUCUGAGUGUUCUUGUAAGUGCAAUACUGUCUUCCUAUUUUUUAAAUGAACGUUUGAACAUUCAUGGGAAAAUAGGCUGCAUAUUAAGCAUAUUGGGCUCAACUGUGAUGGUCAUCCAUGCCCCACAGGAAGAGGAAGUUGCUUCUUUACAUGAAAUGGAAAUGAAAUUGAGAGAUCCAGGAUUUAUUUCCUUUGCUGUCAUCAUAGUGGUGAUCUGCUUGGUGUUGAUUUUGAUCGUGGCUCCCAAGAAAGGACAGACCAACAUAUUGGUCUACAUCUCAAUCUGUUCAUUGAUUGGGGCAUUUUCAGUUUCUUCUGUCAAAGGCCUGGGAAUUGCGGUCAAGGAACUGUUGGAAUGGAAGCCAGUUUACAAGCAUCCCCUCGUCUUUGUUUUGCUAGCCGUGCUUGUGCUCUCAGUGAUGACACAGAUAAACUAUCUCAACAAAGCGCUGGACACCUUCAAUACAUCGCUGGUGACUCCCAUUUAUUACGUGUUCUUCACUUCCAUGGUGGUGACUUGCUCCGCCAUCUUAUUCCAGGAAUGGUACGGGAUGAAAGCUGGCGAUAUCAUUGGGACCCUGAGUGGGUUCUUCACCAUUGUCAAUGGCAUCUUUCUUUUACAUGCUUUUAAAAACACUGACAUAACCUGGAGUGAGCUGACAUCCACUAAGAAGGAAGUUUUCUCUCUGGAUGGCAAUGAAGACAAGUAUGUCUUGCUAGAGAACAUAGAGAACUCCCCAGGAUAUGAUGAUGAUGUCACAUUGUUUACCAGGACUGGUGAUCAAAGUCUUUAA